UAAAAGCUGUAUUCUAUUGUAAAGCAAAAAGGUUGGAUUUCACUGCAGCUUUGCAUUUUAGACCCGAUAACUUAAGAUAAACCUUAAUUAAUAUAAUAUAAUAGUGAUGAUGCACAGAGUCUUCAGUGAGUAGAGAAUACGGAUGCUGUAGAGAUAACUGGUCCUAUGCAGAGACUUGCAGAUGUAGAACAUGCUGAUAAUGCUCAGGUUUGAAUGCGUGCUGUGAUAUGAAUAGAUAUUCCAGAUUAUAGAGGCUGAUGCAGACGGCUGUAGAGGGGCUAGAGGGUUGUUCACAGUUUCUAAUGUGUGAAACCUUUAGUCUGUUUCUGUUUUGUGUGAAGAUCACAUGACACCACUGUGAAGACGUGCCCGUCUACGUACAGUCCACAGUUUCUCCUCCUGCAGCAUCACAGCCCGGUGCUGGUUUGUUCAGACUUCUGCUUGGUCCAGAUUUAUGAAAAGGUUUUUGCAUCCGGAGGCUCUGAGUUCUGCAGUCGGUGGAGGAUGGUUGAGUUUCUGUGACAAGUAAACCUGACAAAUGCAUUUCAGCCUCUGACGAAGUUAAACCUGAGCUCCUGUUGCUCUGUCCAGACUCCACCAUGGAUAUCCGACCAAACCACACCAUUUACAUCAACAACAUCAACGACAAAGUCAAGAAAGAAGAGCUCAAGCGUUCGCUCUACGCGCUCUUCUCCCAGUUCGGCCAGAUCAUCGACAUCGUGGCCAUGAAGACGAUGAAGAUGAGGGGGCAGGCCUUCGUCGUCUUCAAGGAGCUCGCCGCCGCCACCAACGCGCUGCGGCAGCUGCAGGGCUUCCCCUUCUACAACAAACCCAUGAGGAUCCAGUACGCAAAGACCGACUCCGAGGUCAUCGCCAAGGUGAAGGGCACGUACGGCGACAAGGAGAAGAAGAAGGAGAAGAAGAAGAAGGCUCAGGAGCCGGCAGCUAAUGUCACCAAGAAGCCCGCCCUGGGAUCAGCUCCGGCGGUGCACUCACCUGCAGUACAGGUAAGACGCUCUGCUGUGUCUGUGGUUCCUGUUCAAAGUGUUCUAACCCCGACAGACGACAUGAGCUCAGCCUCCAAUAACAGAACUUUGUGUCUGUGCAGGUUUCCUGGAUUCAAAGAGGUCCGACUGGUUCCGGGGAAACACGACAUCUCCUUCGUGGAGUUUGAGAGCGACGCCCAGGCGGGCGUGGCCAAAGACGCGCUGCAGGGCUUCAGGAUCACGGCCACCUGCGCCAUGAAGAUCACCUACGCCAAGAAGUAGUUCAGCUGGACCGGAACCCAGCCUGGAUGUGGGAACCUAUCCUGGACCCCAGAACCCAGCCUGGAUGCCUGAGCCCAGCCUGGAUGUGGGAACCUCUCCUGGACCCCAGAACCCAGCCUGGAUGCCAGAACCCAUUCUGGACACACAUUGUGGACUUUACCUUUUUACACUGUUUGUUGCUAAGUUGUGUUUCUUUGGGUCGAGACGUGAACCUCAGACCGAAUCCUGAUUUGUACAAUAAAGAGUUUUUAGUGAA